AUCGAUCAGAGAGCGGGAGAUGGCGGAGUGCGGAGCCCGCGCGCCGAGACCGAUCGCCGAAUAGCUCGAUCGAACGGAACCGCUAGGAGUGGCGAACUGACAGAGACACUGUUAUCCAGAGUGAGGCCUGCAGUCCACUGCGCCAGUGAUGGACUUCCCGUGGCACAGUGGAAAAGUGUUGGAGCAGCUUAACCAUCAGCGGCAGCUGGGUCUGCUGUGUGACUGCACGUUUGUAGUGGAUGGAGUAGACUUCAAGGCCCAUAAGGCUGUGUUGGCAGCAUGUAGUGCUUACUUCCACACACUGUUUCUGGACCAGAAGGAUGUUGUGCAUUUGGAUAUCAGCAAUGCUGCAGGUCUUGGGCAAGUUCUUGAGUUUAUGUACACGGCCAAGCUGACGUUGAACCCUCAGAAUGUAGAGGAUGUGCUGGCUGUAGCUACAUUUCUUCAGAUGCAAGAGAUUGUCAAUGCUUGUUCUGCUUAUAAGUCCCUUGCUGCACCUUCGACAUCUAACAGUGGACAAGUGGAGAGACAUCAGAGUCUUGCUAAGAAAGAUGAUGUUACUUCAGUCGAGGGACAGGCCAGAGAUGUCUCCGCUGAGAGUGGCGUUCCUGAGGCAGAUGAAGCUCCCUCGUCAUCAGAAACAACAGAAAGCCAGCAGGCUACAUGUAGCACUACUGAGAGACAAAGCACUGGGGCUCAGCAAUUAGGGAACAGAGUUGGAAGACCACUGAAGCUUGGUCAGCAUGCUAGGCAAAAGAAAGCUGAGGUGCCGGUCACCAAGACAGACACGGAGGAGGAGAGUGCAACAAAAGAAGUAAUGGAGUAUCAAGAUGAUCCUUCUGAUGCGGAUUAUACGCCAAAAUUCUCACAGAGGCCUUCAGCCAGAAGAUCUUACGUAAGCACGCGGAGAAGCAAAUCAAAAUAUGCUGCUGAGAUCCUGUCCACACAGAAUGAUGCUUCUAGUGAAGGAGGCGCAUCAAAGCCUGCCACUGAGGAGAAUAUGACCGAGGAACAGGAGGAAGAAGAGGAGGCUGGUGGAGAGGAGCAGCCCCUGGAGGAGGAGGAUGGACUGAUGGAAGCAGAGGAUGAAGGGACAUCAGGGUCGGCGGAUGGAGAAGAGGGGAAGUUUAUGAGGUCCGGCGCCAUGGCUGAACGCAGUGAGUCCAGAGCGUACGGCUCGGUCACACACAAAUGUGAGGACUGUGGCAAGAAGUUUACCCACACAGGGAACUUUAAACGGCACAUGCGCAUUCACACAGGUGAGAAGCCCUUCACCUGCAGAGACUGCAACAAGGCCUUUUCAGACCCAGCUGCCUGCAAAGCACAUGAAAAAACCCACAGCCCACUGAAGCCGUAUUGCUGUUCCACAUGUGGGAAGAGCUACCGGCAGAUCAGCCUGCUGAACCUCCACAGGAAGCGACACACGGGUGAGGCGCGCUACAGCUGUGAUGACUGUGGGAAGCUCUUUACCACGUCGGGCAACCUGAAGCGCCACCAGCUGGUGCACACUGGCGAGAAGCCGUACCACUGCGAAUACUGCGAGCGGGCAUUCUCUGACCCCACUGCCAAGAUGCGCCACCUGGAGACCCAUGACACAGACAAAGGCCAUAAAUGCCCACAAUGUGACAAGAAAUUCAAUCAGUUAGGAAACUUGAAAGCUCAUAUGAAGAUCCAUAUCGCAGAUGGGCCUCUCAAGUGUAAAGAGUGCGGAAAGCAGUUCACCACUUCAGGCAACCUGAAGAGACACCUGCGAGUACACAGUGGAGAGAAGCCCUUUGUCUGUAUGCACUGUCAGAGAGCCUUCGCUGACCCAGGGGCACUGCAGAGACAUGUGCGCAUUCAUACAGGGGAAAAGCCUUGCCUUUGUCUGAUUUGUGGAAAAGGCUUCACACAGGCCAGUUCACUCAUUGCUCAUGUUCGUCAGCACACUGGAGAGAAGCCAUAUGUAUGUGACCGUUGUGGCAAAAGGUUUGUGCAGUCCAGUCAACUAGCCAAUCACAUCCGUCAUCAUGACAAUAUACGACCCCACAAGUGCCAUACAUGCAACAAAGCAUUUGUCAAUGUUGGGGACCUCUCCAAACAUAUCAUCAUUCAUACAGGGGAGAAACCUUUUCUUUGCGACAAGUGUGGUCGUGGGUUUAACCGCGUGGACAACCUUCGCUCCCAUGUUAAGACUGUUCACCAGGGCAAGGCAGGCAUGAAGAGACUGAUGGUGGCUGAGGAUGAUGGGGAAGACAAGCUGCUCACUGCCUCUGCCUCAGCUUCUGAACUGGAUGACAAUGAAGUCAACAUUGUUACAGUUACCACGGAUGACAUUGUGACUUUAGCUACAGAAGCCCUGGCAGCCAGUGCGGUAGCACAGCUGACUGUGGUGCCUGUAGCAGCAUCUGUAUCUGCGGAUGAAACUGAGGCUCUGAAAGCAGAGAUCACAAAGGCAGUGGAGAAAGUGCAGGAGGCUGAUCCCAAUACUCAGAUCUUGUAUGCCUGCGACUCCUGUGGUGAGAAGUUCCUGGAUGCUAGCUCACUGGCCCAGCACGUGCGCAUCCACACGGCCCAAGCCCUGGUCAUGUUUCAAGCAGACUCCGACUUUUACCAGCAGUAUGCAGCGGACGGCACCUGGCAGGCCACUGAGCAGGUCAUUCAGGGAGGAGAGCUCCUCUUCCGGACGCGGGAGGGCGAAGAAGAGGCCGGCGAUGGCAGUCAGAGUGAGAUAGCCCAGGCUGAAGCUCAGACUGAAGAAGGGGACGAGCAGGCAGAUCCCCAGACAGAGGACGGGACAGACACUGUACAGAUUUGUGAGACUCAGACUCAGUGAGGUUUUCCUCACAUUACAAACAAACUGGGGACACUUAAGAUGUUUAUAUAACAUACAGAUUUCUAGUUUUGAAAAUCAAAGCUAAUGUGUCUUUAUUCUGAGUUGUUUUUAUAAAUUGGUAUGGAAGAUUAAAAAGAAACCUCUCAAACCAUAGCACAAGUGCAUGAUAUCAAAUAUGUAGCAAAUCUUGCUUAGGUUGUA